UAGCAAAUCUGCAGCUUUGGGGGAUAAGGGGAAAAAAAAAUAAGAACACAAACGGGGCGAUCCACGUUCCCCCUAGGUUAUCUUCAGGGAUCUCCCAGUCGAUCUAAAGGAAUCCAGGAGACCCCCAGUGACAGAGGCUCUCUGGUUGCUUCUCCUGCUGGUGUAACUACUGCUGCUGCUGACACCUUACUUCCUGGUUUGCAAAUUCAGGACCAGACCCAUUUCGGCGGCGGAGGGAUCCGAUUUUUCUCUUCCAGCCUCCUCCCCUUUUUGCUUCUGCUUUUCUCUCCCCCCAACCCCCAAUCUGCACGAAAAAACAAUUUGACAGCGUUUUCCUGACCCGGAGGUUUUGCACCGGGGGGUUGGGGGUGUGGAGCCCCCUUGUCGGAGGCAUGCAUGGGAUUUCCUGCGCAAGGUAUCUGGAGCCAGCCAUGCGUCGUGUCUUCUUUGAAGUCAAAGACUUAAGGCAUUUUAUAAAACAUCCUAAGAUUGAAAGUGGAAUGGCCAUUGAUGAAGAAUUCAAUUUUGUAGCACAAGCAGACCAGCCAAAAGAAUAAAACAGCUUCCAUUUUGCAUCCUGAAGAGUUCUCAGGGAUUAGUUUUUUUUCUUUUAAAUGGUUGUUGAUGAGAGAAGAAGUGCUAAAAAUGGGAGAUCAGCAGAUGUACAAAAUGAACCAAAAUGAUGGUGAAAACAUGUAUUAUCAGCAGCAGCACCUGAAUUCUCUUGCACCUUUAAACCACAACUAUGGAACGGACGCCAUUGACACAUCUCAGGAUUCUUCCCUGUCCCCUUCAUUCCCUCACGAUAGCAUUGUGUCCAAAUCCAUUGGGUUGAUGGAUUCUCCUAGGCAGGCAAGCUGGACCCAUUUGGGAUCUGGGAACCACCUGCCCAUAAGGAACAAUCAGAAUGUCAUGUGGAGCCCACCUAGUCAAGGAGAACCGACAGAUGGAUAUGAACAUCUCUCCCCCCAAUCUAAUGAGGUCAGGUUGCAGAAAAUAACAAGUGGAGCUUUGCAUAAGUUAGACUCCUUUGCCCAAGUAUUUGCUAACCAGAAUUUACGAAUCCAAGUCAACAAUGUCUCUCAGAUCAUUCAGUCCCAGCCUUUGGCAAUGGAGAAUGCUAAUGACAGUGCCCUUCGACAACUGCUGUCUCAAAAGCCGGCUCUGGAGUCUCAACCAGUGCAAAGAUACCAGCAGGUGCCACCACAAGUCCACCAGGGAUUCACAAACACCCAACCAAAGCAGCACAUGCACUUGAUGCAGCACCAACAACCUCUCUAUUAUGACAACCAGCAACAUCUAGCCCAUUUGCAAAUGCACCCUGCAAUGAAUCAAGGACAGGCCCACUUGCAGCAAAUGCAUUCUCAGCACUUGCUGCCCCAGCAGCUGCAGCAGGAUCAAUAUUAUCUACAGGAGCAUCCCCCUCACCAAAGUCAGCACAGGCUCCUGAUGCACGAAAUGCAGCAACAGCAGCAGCAAAGACAAUGCACAGUGCAAAGAGCUCAGUAUUAUCCAGUACAACCUAUGAUGCAACAGUUACAGCAGCAGCAACAGCAACAAAUGCAGAUGCAACUUCCUCCUUAUCACAGAGAUCCUGAGCAGAAGCCUCUCCAGGAAACUCACCCAUACUCCCAUGAUCGAGGACAUUCUGUGCAGCUUAUUCAGCUGGGAGCAGUUCCUCAGUACUUCUAUCAGGAUCAACAGCAGUCGUUCAGACAGAUGUAUCCACAAAGCUUAUUGCAACCCAUGCAGCCAACAGGAGAUACCAGGCAAUCAGACCACUUCCAGAAUGAUGACAAAGCACGGGCUCUGAUGGAAUCUCAGUUUGGACUCCCUGGACCAGAGGGGCCUGAAGGUCAAACACAAGCAGGCAUAAACUCAGUUGAUGGUAGCCUCCCUCACCAGCCUCUUAUAUCUCCUGCAAGUGGUAUCAUGAAUGACAGAGGGUCCCAGGAAUUGUCCCCCAGUACAGUGUGGCCUCAGAUCCAGCUGCCUGAUGACAGGUUGCAAUCAGUUUCUCCUGAACAAAGCAGUGGUCCUGAUAAAGAAACUUAUACUGAGAGACCUGAAUCAAAGAACAAGCUAACAUGCUCUGUAUGCUUGAAGGAAUUUAAGAGUUUACCAGCCCUCAAUGGUCACAUGAGGUCCCAUGGAGGGUUACGGACACCUCCUGUUUUCAGACAGGAGGAAGGGGAGAACCUACCGCAGCAGCAGCAGCAGCACCAACAACAACAGCCGCCACAGCCGCCGCCAGAGCAGCUGUCUUCUGAUUUGGAGAGCUUCCUGCCCAUCGUCAUGCCUGUUUCUGUCCCUGUAAAGCUCCCGUCACCUGAGUCCAGCAAGCAGGCUCCUGACGGCAGUGCCACAGCCAAAGAUAAGCCUGUCUCAGAUGAUGAGAUGCCUGUUCUUGUGAGGAUGACUUACUCUCCGCCAGCCUCCCCUAAGGCAGUCAGCCCCUGCGCAUCUUCUGAACCCAACAAAAAACGCCAUCCGAGCAUCACCAACUCCGAAGAAGGCAUCAGACCUUUACAAGACAAGAAAAAAUCCCGUCACAGACCUGAACCACUCUUCAUACCACCUCCAUCCUUCAGCCUCAGUGUGUCUCACUCAGGUGCUACGCUGUACCAAAGUCAGCUUCGUUCUCCUCGCAUCUUAGCAGACCAUCUGCUUGACAGAAUUCACAAUCCUCCUCCCUACACACCCCCUCCUAUGCUAAGCCCAGUACGUCAAGGAUCUGGCCUCUUCAGCAGUGUUAUCACAUCUUCUCAUGGUACAUCACACCCCCAGCUGCCUCUCACUCCUUUGACGCCCACUCCUCGGGUACUCCUCUGUCGAUCUAACAGUGUGGAUGGUGGCAACAUUCCUGUGACUCCGGGGCCAGGAGAGCAGACUAUUGACAUAGAACCGCGUAUCAAUAUUGGAUCAGAAUUCCAGGCUGACAUCCCUGAACUGAAAAACAGAACAUCAGUAAGGAAAGAGGAGCACAGGGCAACGUUAGUUUGGAAACCGUUGCCGGAACGGGAAGAUGACGCUUUUCAAGAAAGAGUGACCAACCUCUUAAAUAUGUGUUGUUCAAGUGUAUUAACUGGUGGAGGAACUAAUCUAGAAUAUGGUUUGCAUUCUCUCUUUGAAGCUAAAGGCAAUGUUAUGGCUGCAUUGGAGAUGCUUCUUCUGUUGAAACCAACAAGAGCAAAAUCACAUCCUCUGGCAAAUUAUCAUUAUGCUGGUUCUGAUCGGUGGACGCCGGCAGAAAAGAAACUGUUCAACAAAGCCCUGUCCACAUAUGGCAAAGAUUUCAUUUUGGUGCAGAAAAUGGUAAAGUCUAAAACUGUGGCACAGUGUGUGGAAUACUACUAUACUUGGAAGAAAAUCAUGCAUUUAGGACGAAAACACAGAACACGCCUGGCAGAAGUAAAAGACGAACAUCUAACUAGUGGAGAAGAGGAUGAGUUGGAGGAAGAAGAGCUAGCAGUAGAAGACAGAAAAUCAGUCAAAGAAGAGGAAACGGAAAACCCACAUUCCCCAGACCCUCCUCCGGUUGCUGCACCCAUUAACCUGCCUUCCUUGCAGAGCAUCAUGCUUCCUGUCACUUUUUCCUGUGAAAUGCCAGAUUGUGGGGCAAUGUUCAGCUCCAGACAAGCCCUGAAUGGCCAUGUUCGGAUUCAUAGUGGUGCCAACGCUGUGGUAAAAGCCCGCUCAGGAAUGAAGCAAAAACUGAAUUCCCAGAAUGACUACUCUUCUGUCAAAACCUCCCCAGCUCAUAGUACCACAAGUGGUGAGACUGACCCGCCUACCGUUUUCCCCUGUAAAGAAUGUGGAAAGAUGUUUUUCAAAAUCAAAAGUCGUAAUGCACACAUGAAAACACACCGGCAGCAGGAAGAGCAACAAAGGCAGAAAGCCCAAAAAGCUGCCGUUGCAGCUGAAAUGGCAGCCACGAUUGCAAGGACUACAGGGCCAACAGGGCAUGGUUUGAUUCCUUUGGAUCAUCUGGACUUGAUCAAGCAAGUUGAGCAGGCAGAUGAUCUCAGCAAUGAUGUUGUUCAGGAACUGGGAGAGGUCAUAGACAGUACUGAUGUCAUAGACCCUGGCCUCUUAUUGGGUGAAGAAGACACAGAAUUACUUCAGGAUGAUGCUGAGUUGUAGAAGAGAGGUGCCUGUUGCGUACAGUUAUAGAUGGAUCACGGUUGGAAUUGGUUUCCUCUGCUAGGACGACUGAUAUCUCUUUCCCUUUUAUUUUUGAAUAUUGUUUGAGUAGCAGGAACGCUUUCCGGCCAGGACCAGAAAAAACAGAAAACAAAAAACUGAGUUUGUUACUAUUUUUUUUAUUAAUAGUAAUUGAACUUGGCUUCAAAAUGUGGAAACAGUUCAUUUAUUUUCCCUUUAGUCUAAUACCUUGGAAAGUAUUACUUUCUGAAAAGUUCACGUUGUCAUUCUAAUUCCUUUUAGAUGUUCUCAUCUAAAACUCCUCAGGGUUUUCUUCCGUCCCCAACGCUACGUAACUGAAAGUUGUUCAUAUUUUUCUUACAAUGUGUUUAAUUGUAUGCCUUUUCAUUCUUGCUCCUGAACAUGUGCAACAACAAGAAUACUUUAAAAAAAAGUAGACUCUGUCUAGAGGGGCGGGGUAUAAUCGAAUAAUAAACAAACAAACAAACAGGCAAGUUAAUUAGUAGACAACAGCUGCUACGAUAAACAAGCUGAAUAAUGGAAAAGACGGGUGACCCCAGGGAGGAUUGUCCUGGGGGAAAAAAGUCCAGGCAACUGAGGCCAAUUCUUUUCCAAUGUACCAAAGGUUCUGUGCCAGGAUGAACAGUUUUGAGGCACCUUUAUAUUUUCACUGUUAGAAUACAGUGUGAUGCCAUAUGUAAACUCAAAUUAGAGUUGUACGUCCUGCUGUGCUUCAUUUGGAUCUGAAAUACACUUGAGCAACCAUGAAACAACUAGAUUAACCCUCGAAGAAUAAAUAUACUUUUUUUACUUUUAUAAGACAACCUUUUUUUUCUUUGUAAGGGGUUCCAUAUGAUGCACUUGAGAGCUUUCAAGGGAAAGGGGUCAGUGCAAUCAAAGUAUUUUGAAUGUGAGACUAGAAAAAAAAAGAUAACUAUUUUUACAUCUCUGUAACAGAGUGGCUGAGAUGAGUCUCCACCCCUUUGUGUUGGAACAAUCUUAAGAGUGUAUAGACAUUUCUUAUUACAAUGCACAAAAAUCUUCUGAUUUGUAAAUAUACAUCACCUUGUGAAAAAACGUAGUGGGCUUUAUUUUAAUUGUGUAGUUUCACUUUCAGGAGGGGGUAUACAUUAAGAUUUUUUUUUCACAGAAAGAAAGCAGGAGGGAGAGAUGUCCAUUCUAGGUAGAACUAUAAUACAUGCAUACAUUCUCACACAUGAUUCUUCCAAGUUCUGGGGAAAUAAUUUUAAGCCAUGUUCUUCAGUUUGUCUCUGAUUAUAAAUGUUAUUUCAUGUGAUUUCGGUGUUCCAGUGGCCCAGUAUAGUCUGCAUGUGUGUGAAGACUGAUGCGCACAUCCAGAAGGUGAUGCUCCUCUGUUCACGUACGUGCAUUGAGGAGCAGAAACUAAGUUAGUUCCAAUAUGUGUGGAACGCUGUUGGGAGCCCAAAGACCUUUAAAUGCUGACAUUUGUACAAGUGUUGUUUAGUGGUCAGUUAUCUUAGUAUAAAUAUACUUUUAAUGCUGAAUUCGUUAAACCCACAGAGAUUCUUUAACGGGCCCGUCGGUUUGCUUCCAAAAACUAUAAACCUCAGUAAACCUAGAGAAUUGUAGAGAGCCACAGUAGGAUGUAUUUUAAGCCAUUUUUUGUAAAAGGACAGUAAAUGCUUGUCAGAUUUUAAUAACAAUGAGAUAGCAAAACAUUUCCAUUUUGUUUUCCCUUCUAACCAUCUGUGAGGCUGAAAAAUAAAAGCUAUAUCUUAUUCAGGUGAAAUGAUGGUAGUCUUGAUUAUCAGCUUCCAUGAGCAGGGGGAUAAACCCAGACCAUGGAAGUGUAACAUUUGGAGCUAUGGCUACUAAAAAUUCUCAGACAGCACUGAGCUAUAGUUCAAUAAAAUAACACCUCUUAUGUUCUGCUGGAAACAUGAUUAACAACAAUUGUUUCUGCUUACCUUAAAUAAACAGGGAUUCAGACAUUCUCCUUCUUUCCCUUUGUGUGUUUGAGCAUGAUCCCAUAAAUCAGCAUGAUCCACUUUGCAAUAGCUCUGACAGGCAACCUGCAGCUCUUUCCUUUCCAGAGGUAGGUGCUCUCAAAGCAACGUUCUGUGUAUCCCAGUGCUUCAGAAACAAAGAAAUUGUGUGAAAAUUAUGUAAAUCUAUAAAGUCCCUUAAUCCUUUGUUCGCACAAUUGUUAAUACUUUUCUAAGAUCCAAAUAAUAGUCCUAGGGAAGUUGAUCGUUUUUGUGAAAUAAAGACAUUUCUAUUAAGUCAACUGUAUGUGGUCACAGUCUGAAGUUGCUACUCA